AAACAUGUUUUCUCUCUCUGUGUGAGCUCUCAAGGAAGGAGGGAGUCAUGCUUCGCGUGCAGCCGAGACCAUCGUCCAGUGAGAGCGCUUCAGAGCUUGACGCGGCAGGUUAGCAAACUCCUCGCGGCUGCAAACGCUCCGCUCCAUUGUCAUCUCUCCGCCCCAGCUCGAGAGGACCUGGCGAGACUGCAGCGAGGGUACCGCGUGAAGGAGAAGGAGAGGAAGACGGAGGGCGACCAGUCCCAGUAUACCCUCCGGAAACAACAGUCAAUGAUAGAGAGUCUGCAGGCAGAGAAUGCAGAUCUUAAGAAAAACCUCAGUCUAGCUGGCAGCAGGCAGAAUGAGCUAAAGAGUCAACUGGUGAGGGAGAAAUUUGACGAGCUUCUCUCACAUCAACGACAGUACAAGGAGAGUGUGGCUGAGGAAGAGAAGGCCACUGAGAUAUUGGACCAAAAGAUUCGAGACCUGGAGAGAGACAUUGCUCAGCAACGCAAACACAUGGGCGGAGUCCAUGGGGGUGAGCAGCAACAUGGGGGACUCCAGAAACAACUGAGGGUCAUGGAAAACAGACUGGAGAAGUCAUCAGUCCGGUUCAACAGCUCUCUGGCCACCAACUCCCAACUGAGGAUGAAGAUAGACCACCUCCGACAAGAGAAGGCCGUCUUUGAGGGAAUUCACAAGAAACUGCAAAAGGAGCUGCUGAGCUGUAAGAGGAACAUAGGGGAGGUGAUAGAAGCAUCCACGCAGGGCUAUGACUCCAGAGAUGAGGCCCAGACCAAACUGCUCUCACUCAAGGAGAAGGCCGACAAGGAGGUGGCCCAGUACGAGAUGGAGGUCAAGGAGCUGCAGAGGCAGAUAGACUACGACAGAAAGUUGAGGGAUUUCAUGAACCGUAAGAACCAGGAGCGGGCCGAGGCCCACAUGGAGAUCGAGGCCAGGAAGAUGAGGAAAGAGGUGGAGAAGACCAGCACCAGGGAGAGAACUGUACUGUCGUAUGAGCAGGCAUUUGAGAAGAUAAAGAAGGCGACUGGUAUCACUGACAUUGACCAGCUGGUCUCCAAGUUCAUUGAUGUGGAAGACCAGAACUUUGCUCUGUUCAACUUUGUCAAUGAACUGAAUGCCGAGAUUGAGACAGUCAGAGAUAAAAUAUCUCAGGUGACAGAGGAGAUAGAGAAGUUCAAAGGUCAGGGGGUGGAGAUGGAGGAGAAGAGGAGAGCCAUCCUCAGAGACCUAGAGGCUGAGCUGGCCAGGGUGGAGGAGGAGGCAGGGGAGUUUGAGAGAAGGUUCAAGACCUCCACUGCCACUGUGGAGCAACUCCUGACUGGAGUUGACUCAGUGUUCACCAAGACAGGAUGUGACUCGUCUGCCAUCACCUCUCUCCUUGGAGGACACUCCGGAGUAACUGAGACCACCAUACUCCAGUACCUCGGGGUAGUGGAACAGAAGACCAACGAGUUACUCCAGCUACAGGCCUUCAUCAAGGCCAAGGAGUCGGGGGAUCCAGAGCAAUGACCACCUUCCUAAUGGGACCACGGGUCAAGUUCACUUGGAGUCACAUCUGUUAGUUCUGCCUACUGUACAGGAGACUAUGAGAGUGAUGCGAGUCAGACUAUGGCGACAGUCCACUGUCUAGGAAGAACUGAGAGCUAAAGCCCAGAGAUCUAUAACAAGACGUGAACAGACAAGGAAGCUGGCUCAAUCUGUGGACUCCUCCCACCCCUCCCCUCUCACCUCCCCCUCACCGCAGCUCCUGGCAAGACACGAGGUGGAGGGACCACAGACCGCAAGAAACGACCAAUACAGACCAGAUGAGACCAAAAUGAACCAAACAGACCACGACACACACUAGCUAUAGCACUGA